AUGGCGGACGAGGAGCUGGAGGCGUUCCGGCAGCAGCGGCUGGUCGAGUUGCAGGCCAAGCAUGGGGAUCCUUCUGGUGAUUCAUCACAACAGGAAGCAAAACAGAGGGAAGCAGAGAUAAGAAAUACUAUUUUAGCUCAAGUUCUUGAUCAAGCAGCUCGUGCAAGAUGUAAGUAUCCAAGUAACUUUCUAAUUAAAAAUUCCCAUCUAGUGUGCUCCAGUGCACAGCUUUUUAGCUUGAUAUCAAAACCUGUUUCUGUUGCAGUAAGCAAUUUAGCACUUGUGAAACCAGACAAAACAAAAGCAGUGGAGAAUUAUCUUAUACAGAUGGCAAGAUUUGGACAGUUACCUGGAAAAGUAUCGGAACAAGGUUUGAUAGAAAUACUUGAAAAAGUUAGUCAGCAAACAGCAAAGAAAACAACAGUAAAGUUCAACAGAAGGAAAGUAUUGGACUCCGAUGAAGAGGAUGACUAUUGAUACUACUGUAGGACUGUCUGCCAAA